AUCAAUCAUUAAGUUUCCUGCUCGAAUGGGAGGUGAUGAGCCAAGUUUAACUUUUGGAGCAAAAGGAUUAACUGAAUCAUCAAGUGCAUCAAAGUCAAUAUCAUAGGAUCCUUUCUUUUGGAGAGGAGGUGAUGAAGGUACAGAAUUACUUUACGAGCCUUGCGUGUAGCAAAGUCAUACAGUAUAUCAUAAUAAUUCUGUUUCCUACAUGGAUCACGCUCAAUAGCAAGAAUUACCAAAUGUUUUAUCUAUCUUUGAGAAUUGUUGACCUCAAGUAAUUUUUCAUUAGUUUGAGGCUUGAGAGGCUUCUUUCGCCAGAUUCCACAAUUACAGGUUUUAAAAAAUGCUAGAAACCACUGCAGACGUGAACAAGCCAAUGGAAUUAUGGGAACUAGAAAAGUUUUUGAAUAAUAUUGUUAAAGAAAACAUCGAAGUUAUUAAUUUAAGCCAUAGGGGAUUAACAAUUGUAACAGGACAGCUGGAACGAGCCAAAAAGGCUCACACUCUGUUAUUAAACCACAAUCAACUUUUGAUGCCACCUAGUGAACUAUGUCAGUUACCAUAUUUAACAGAGCUUGUAUUAGACAACAAUAUGCUGACAAUGUUACCAUCUGGGGUAGGAAACUUAUCCAAACUCCGUAUUCUGUCAGCGUCUCACAAUCCAUUAGUGGCAUUGCCUGAUGAUUUGGCCAAUCUUUCUUCUUUACAGUGUCUGUGGCUAAUCAACUGCCAACUUGCAAGUGUUCCCCCUUCAUUAGGGCAGAUCAAAAACUUAAAGAAAUUAGGACUCAGAAACAACAAACUAUGUGACCUUCCUGACGAGCUUUGCAAUCUUCAUAAACUGACAUGGUUGAAUUUGGAUGAAAAUUGUUUAAAGGAGCUCCCUCCAGUGGUGUCUGGUUGGCAGGAGCUACUCUAUCUGAGCUUAAAUGACAAUUGCUUUAAAGAAGUACCUGUUGUGUUACAAAGUGUUCCCAGUCUUGUUUCAUUACAGUUAAGAAAAAAUUACAUCACAAGCCUUUCUGAUGACACUAUAGUGGCCUUAUCAUUUUUAACAGUAUUAGAUAUUAGAGAGAAUGGAUUUCAUAUAAGGCCUGCACAUUGGAAGGGCCUAGAUUUUAUUGUUACUAAUUCUUCUCAUGAGGAGGAAAAAUUUGAAAGCCACUUAUAGAAUCAAGGACUGAAUCUCUACAUCUACCAUUAAUGUACUUAGCAAAUAUUUUUAUUUUCAUGCCAUCUUGUGUGCCUUUGUUUUAUUGUGCAAUAUGUACAUAUGAGUGUGUUAUUGAAGACAUCUACACAAGUAAA